GACGAACUUGAAGACAUGAACCCAGCGCCUCAACCAAAGACGGUAUUCAUCACGGGCUGCUCCUCCGGCAUCGGGCUCGCCACGGCGCAGCUCUUCUUCGCACGUGGGUGGAACGUCGCCGCGACAAUGCGCACGCCAUCCGCCUCCGAUUUGCCCGCCCUCACCGGUACCACUCCCGACUCGGAUAACCGGCUGCUCGUCAUCCCGCUCGACGUGACGGAGUCCGCGUCGAUCGGCGCCGCCGUCGCCGCGGCCAUCAGCGCCUUCGGGACGAUAGAUGUGCUCGUGAACAACGCGGGGUACGGCCAGGGCGGGCUCUUUGAGGCGCUCUCGCGGGAGCGCGUGCAGAAGCAGUUCGAUGUGAAUGUUUUUGGCGUAAUGGACGUGACGCGUGCGCUCCUCCCGCACCUACGCGCCAAUCCUUCUGACACGGCGGUGGUGAACGUGUCCUCCGGCGCGGGCCUCUGGGGCCUGCCGAUGACAUCGCUCUACAGCGCCAGCAAGUUUGCACUCGAGGGCUUCACCGAGGCGCUCUCCUACGAGCUCGCAUCGCAGAACAUCCGGGUCAAGUCCGUGAUCCCGCACGGGGGCGUCACGGCAACACAGUUCGGCGCGCGGUUCGCCGCCGGCUCGGCCGAUGCGGGUGGCCCCGGGCCGGGCGUGGCGGAGGCAUAUGCCGCGUUUGUGCAGAAAACGCGAGAGAGCUUCGCCAAGAUGGUCGCCGGCGCGGCCAUCUCGUCCGCCGAUGUUGCCGACACGAUCUAUGCCGCGGCAACGGACGGCACCGCCCGGCUGCGGUACCUCGUCGGCGACGACGCGCGGGGGUUUGUCGCGGCGCGCUACAGCUCGAGCGACGAUGCUUCGUACAUGGCGGCUAUGCGUGCAUAUUUUGCCUAG